CGGCCAAAGGCAAAGAGAAGGAAAAUAGCAAAGUCAAGUUUUCAACUCAUCCCUCUAGCUCCGCAAAUUAAUCGUACACUCACUGCCCAAGCUUCUACUCAACGCUCUCUUCCUCUUCUUUCUCUGCUAAAUCCUAGCAAAAAAAUAUAUAUUAAAAAGACUCAUCAUAAUUAAGUCUAAUCCCCCAUGACUUCCCUUCUCCUUCUCCUUGUCAAAACCCUCACUCUUUUCAACUCCUAAAAUCCUAAACCCCCUAUAUCCACAAAAAAAAAAAAAACCCAUUUCCAUUCAGAUUGAAAACGGCUAUGUACUUAUCGGAGAAGCCUCGUCCGAUAGACUUAUACAAGGAGGAAGGUCCUGCCACCGCCCGUGACAUGAUCAUCGAGGUCACUAGCAAUGGGGAUUUGCCACCUCACCACCACCCUCCUCCUCACCAACAACAGCAACAGCAAAUGAUCUUAGGUGAAAGCAGCGGCGAAGACCCAGAAAUCAAAGCCCCCAAGAAACGUGCCGAGACCUGGGUCCAAGACGAAACCCGAAGCCUUAUCGCCUUUAGAAGGGAAAUGGACAGCCUUUUCAAUACUUCCAAAUCCAACAAGCACUUGUGGGAGCAGAUAUCGGCUAAGAUGAGAGAGAAAGGAUUCGAUCGAUCCCCCACUAUGUGUACCGACAAGUGGAGGAACUUGUUGAAAGAGUUUAAAAAAGCUAAGCAUCAAGAUAGAGGGAGUGGGUCAGCUAAGAUGUCUUAUUGUAAGGAAAUUGAAGAAAUUUUAAGGGAGAGGACGAAGAAUGCUUAUAAGAGUCCAAACCCUCCUCCUAAGGUUGAUUCAUUUAUGCAUUUCUCAGAUAAGGGUUUUGAGGAUACUGGCAUAUCAUUUGGUCCUGUUGAAGAUAGUGGUAGGCCGCCGCUUAAUCUUGAAAGACGUUUAGAUCAUGAUGGACAUCCUCUUGCUAUCACCGCAGCUGAGGCAGUUGCAGCUGGUGGAGUUCCUCCUUGGAAUUGGAGAGAAACCCCUGGAAAUGGUGGUGACUGUCAGUCAUAUGGAGGAAGGGUUAUAACUGUCAAGUUUGGGGACUACACCAGAAGGAUUGGUAUAGAUGGUACUGCAGAUGCCAUCAGGGAGGCUAUUAAAUCUGCUUUUAGAUUGAGAACUAAGCGCGCAUUUUGGUUGGAGGAUGAAGACCAUAUAGUUCGUAGUCUUGACAGGGAAAUGCCUUUAGGGAACUAUACUCUACACCUUGAUGAAGGUUUGGCUAUAAAAGUAUGCCUCUAUGAUGAGUCAGAUCAUAUACCGGUCCACACGGAGGAGAUCUUUUACACAGAAGAUGAUUACCGAGAGUAUCUAGUUCGUCGGGGCUACACAGGUCUCAGGGAGAUUGAUGGAUACAGAAACAUUGAUAAUAUGGACGACCUUCGAACUAAUGCUAUAUAUCGAGGUGUAAGCUGAAAGCUGGCGCAUCUUGCUUGCACAAUUGGAGUUCUCUCGAGAGGCUAUAAUAAAGUUGCCUAGUCUUGACAUAAGCGUAUAUGUGGGAUUCUAAGAUUUGCUCUAGUGCUUUCUGAAGAUUGUCAUUAUGUUCAUUAUUAUUGCUUACUAAUAAUGAACUCUUUAACUUAGAUGUUAUUAGCAUGUUGUAUAAUAUUUCUUCUUAGGUAUUCACUCCAUUACUGUUUAUGUUCGUGCGGUCUGGACAUCCCUUGUUUGUAAAUAUGUAUUUCAGUUGAAAACAAAGUAUUUCUAGCAAGGUCUUCCGUGGGUCAAUUUGACAACAUUUGAUUGCUGUCUGCUGCUUGAACUAAAGUUCUGAGAAUAUAUCUUGCUUUUGGCUCCCUUUCAUAACAUUGCGUAUUUGCAUGAAAUCUUAAUCUCAAGUGCAUGAUGCUACAGCUCCACGCCUAAACCACAGGCAACCAAAAUAUUCUGAGAGUGACAGUUGAAGGACGGCCAAGAUCAGUGGCAGAAAGUUCUGAAAGCAAAUUUUAAUCAUGGUUUGUAUUUGAAACCUGGGAAAUAAAAAAUUUCCUACCAGAGCUUUUCAUAUUUCAUACAUGCUUAAUCGGGCAACCAAAGGAUUAUGUGAUCUGGGAUUCAUGGUAUUUAUGGUAUUUUCAGGGUUUA